AUGUGGGAGGCACGCUCAGCCUCCUUUUGGAGAGCUGUCUUCGCCGAGUUCUUUGGCACUCUGUUCUAUGUCCUCUUUGGCCUGGGAGCCUCGCUACGUUGGGUCAUUGGCCCCAUUAAUGUUCUGCUGGUGGCCCUGGCCUUCGGCCUAGUAGCAGCCACCAUGGUGCAGUCUCUGGGCCACGUGAGUGGUGCCCACCUCAAUCCAGCAGUCACCGUGGCCUUCCUGCUGGGCUCUCAGCUCUCCAUCUUCCGUGCUGUCUUCUACGUGGUUGCCCAGGUGCUGGGCGGAGUGGCUGGUGCAGCGGUACUUUACGGAAUCACCCCAGUAGCACUGCGGGGUAACCUGGCACUCAACACGAUGCAUCCCAGUCUAAAUGUAGGCCAAGCUACCGUUGUGGAGAUCUUCCUGACCUUACAGUUUGUCCUCUGCAUCUUUGCCACCUACGACGAGAGACGUAAUGGGUACAUAAGAAACAUGGCACUGGCCGUUGGAAUCUCCCUCACUCUUGGACACCUGUUUGGGAUAUACUACACAGGAGCAGGAAUGAAUCCCGCUCGAUCCUUCGCCCCUGCUAUCAUCACCCGCAACUUCACCAACCACUGGGUGUACUGGGUUGGACCUAUCCUCGGUGGUGUGAUAGGCGGCUGCUUGUAUGACUUCAUCCUCCUCCCGAGGAGGCGUGGGGUCUCCGAGCGCCUCUCUAUCUUGAAAGGUGAGCAGCAAGCUGAACUCAGUGCGCCCCCGGAGCCUCCAGAGGAACCUGUCGAGCUGACGACGGAAGCACUAUAAACAGAGGCCAUAGGGUGGCAGAACCAUAGCAUACCCAUUCAUCCCUUCUCUGGGGAGAGAGGGGACAGAAACAACUGGCCCAGUAUAGAGACUGUUACUGCUCCUGGCCAGUAGGGAGUGGUGUCUUAGGAGGCACAGAUCUGAAGGGACAUUUUGUUAUCCAGCCUUUCACUCAAAACAGACAGA